CAGCGCCAGGAGAACCUGCAGUCCGGUGAGGAGUUUUAGUGAUCACAGGACAUCCCAGCAAGUCAGAUCUGUCCCAGGCUCGCGGUGCAGGCGCUGCAGGUCCGCCACCGCGCAGCAGGCGGCGCCGGGCUCGCCUCCUCCGCCCCCGGGGCCGCGCGCCCUGGUCCCCGUCCCGCGCCGUAGGCCCUUCCGCGCGCCGGCGGCCGCGAUGGCGGACGUGUCCGAGAGGAAGCUGCAGCUGUCCGUGCUGCUGGCCUUCGCCUCCGGGGUGCUCGUGGGCUGGCAGGCGAACCGGCUGCGGAGGCGCUACCUGGACUGGAGGAAGCGGAGGCUGCAGGACAAGCUGGCGGUGAUGCAGAAGAAACUGGACCUGGCCUGAGCCCGCGGGCCCCGCCGCUCCCGCGCGCCCCCUCGCCGCGCGCCCCUUCGCCUUGCCCGCGCGGGGCCUCCAGCCUGAGCCAGGCUCCUCCGCAGAGCCCAGUGCCGCUUGUCGAAGAUGGAUAGAAAUCAUCUGUCCUUACACUUUAUGAAUCAAUUUUAUUUUUAAAAUAAAAUGUUAAACAUC